UUUUUCUUUUUCUUUUUCUUUUGACCCUCUCACCGCCGUUAUGUUGCUCUCGCUGCUGCGCAGCUCUCACUCUCUCUCAAACUCCCUGACAUCGAUCGAAUCAAUCCUCCCAUAAUCAGAAUCAGUUUGUUGAAAUGCCUUUCUGCAAUAAACUAAGCCGCAUCGCCAGGCAGAGCGAGAACCACGCCUCCUCCAUCAUCGCCACCUCUCUCAAGUCCUUCUCCUCCGAAGCAGCAACUCACCACAGGUACCACCAGGAGACGCACAGUUUCCUCGAGCCGGAGAGCUACAUCAACAGCUGGGAGCCGCCCAAAGAUCCCAGAGACGCCGAUAGGAUGCUCGCGCAGCUGAGGAGAGACUACGCGGAGAAAGUGAGCCUGUACCGUAAAGACUACGUCCACGAGAUCGAGAUGCUCAGGGUGGAGAAGCAGCGUAAGGACGAGGCGAGGAUGGUUGCUGAGCGUGCUGCUAACGAGGAGAGGAGGCGUUUGAAAGCCGAGGCGGCUAAGGUUAGGGCUGAGGAGAGGAAGGUCUUCGAGGAGGAGUUCAGGAGAACCCUGAUGAAAGAGAGAGAGGAAAAGCUGGAGUUCUGGAGAAUGACGGGAUUAAAAAGGGAAGAGAAGAAGAGAGAUAAAAAGAAGCUAUUGCAUGAGCAAAGUUCGUUGUGGAUCGAACCAAAGGAGCUGGAGAAGAAGAUUACAGAAGCCUUGGUUGAGUCCACCACUCUCUAAAUCAAUCAAGCCCCUCUCUUCUGAAUAUUUGUUUAAAGAAGCAAUUUUUUUAAUAAUUUUGCAAUAAGCAUAUAAUGAGUGUUGGUGGUCUUGUGACCGAUCUUGUUUAUGGUUUUUUUGUGUCGUAGUUAUCGCUAAUAAUAACUUUUCUUUUGUGUUAUCAUUUGUGCUUAAUUGUUGGAGAUCAAGCAGAGGAGAGACUCUGGCUCUCUCAGAGUAUCUUCAAAUCAUUUGAGUGGUGUAUAGUCACUCUCUCUCUCUG